UGCGUGAGUAAACAACUAAACAAAGAAACAAGUGAGAAAAAGCAAUCAAACCUGAAAUAGUAAUAAAGAAAUAAUGAAUAAUCCAUGCUCGUAUUCAUUAUUUAUGGUAAAAAGAAAUAAAUUAGAUUCUACAACUGUCUCACUGAAAUACAGCUUUGGUUGCAUAUCAAUGUCACCCCCUUCAAACCCAGAUCCAACCGCCACCACAACUUAACCACCAUCAUAUCAUUCAUUUUCUCUCUUUCCGUCAUCUCGUAUUCGCACUCACCUUAUUCCGGUGGUUGCGUUCUUCCGGCGUCUCCGUGUCCGCCGCGUUGAACAAGUAAACCACCGUCAGAACCGCAUGUCAGGAAGUUCCGUUCACUCCACAGUUCGGGUGGUAACAGGUUAGUUAGAUGUUUGAGAAUUGUGUUUCGUCACGUUAUCAGGUUUCCAUAGGUUGCAUUUUGUUAACCGCAGCGUUAUCUUGAAGAAGAUAAAAAGGAAGAGAAAAUGAGGAUCAGGAACAAAUACAGGAAACCGACAACUUUACCUUGCAAUGCAGGGGGCAGAUUUAGUUCUACGUUUGCUGUGGUGUUCUGCUUGUUAGGAUGCCUCUUCUUGCUUCAUUUGUACACCUAUGUUCGUCAUGAGGAAAGACAAGUUGUAGAGCCUCAAUUGCGUGUGACUCAUCAUCCCCAAUUCCGGGAACUUCAAGAGGUGGAAGAGGAGAGCAUUCAAGUUCCCCCACCAAAGGGAAAGAGGUCGCCUCGGGCAGCCAAACGCAGACCGAAAAAGACAACCACGCUGAUUGAGGAAUUCUUGGAUGAAAACUCCCAACUCAGACAGGUGUUUUUUCCUGGUCAUAAGAGAGCUAUAGAUCCAAUGCAGGCUGCUGGGGAUGAUAAGUAUUACUACUACCCCGGGAGAGUUUGGUUGGAUACUGAUGGGAAUCCUAUUCAAGCCCAUGGAGGUGGCAUUCUGUUUGAUAAAUAUUCAAGGACAUACUAUUGGUAUGGUGAAUAUAAAGACGGCCCAACCUACCAUGCUCACAAGAAAGGAGCUGCUCGGGUGGACAUUAUUGGAGUUGGUUGUUAUUCUUCUAAGGAUUUGUGGACCUGGAAACAUGAGGGGGUUGUAUUGGCAGCAGAGGAAACAAAUGAAACUCAUGAUCUGCACAAGUCUAAUGUGCUUGAGAGGCCAAAAGUCAUUUACAAUGAGAAGACCGGAAAGUAUGUCAUGUGGAUGCACAUUGAUGAUGCUAACUACACCAAAGCAGCUGUUGGCGUAGCAAUCAGCGACACCCCUGAUGGUCCUUUUGAUUAUCUCGGUAGCCAAAGGCCCCAUGGAUUUGAAAGCAGGGACAUGACAGUUUUCAAAGAUGAUGAUGGUGCAGCAUAUCUAAUCUACUCCUCUGAAGACAACAGUGAACUGCACAUUGGACCCCUUACCGAAGAUUAUCUCAAUGUAACACCUGUCAUGAAAAGGAUUCUUGUGGGACACCACAGAGAAGCACCAGCUAUAUUCAAGCAUCAGGGUACAUAUUACAUGAUCACAUCAGGCUGCACAGGAUGGGCCCCGAAUGAGGCACUGGCUCAUGCGGCAGAGUCGAUCUUGGGGACUUGGGAGACAAUGGGAAAUCCAUGCAUGGGAGGGAACAAAAUGUUUCGACUUACAACUUUCUUUGCUCAGAGCACAUUUGUGCUUCCGAUUCCUGGGUUCCCUGGUUCGUUUAUUUUCAUGGCUGAUCGGUGGAAUCCAGCUGACUUAAAGGACUCGAGAUAUGUAUGGUUUCCCUUGAUAGUGGCAGGACCUGCUGAUCAGCCUCUGGAGUACAGUUUUGAAUUCCCAUUAUGGUCAAGGGUGUCUAUCUAUUGGCAUAGGAAAUGGAGACUGCCACAGGGGUUGAGCAGCUUCAAAUAAUGCAGGUUCUCUUUGUACAUCCAUUGGUUAUAUACAGUGACUCGUAUAUAUCUUACCAUGUUGCGUGUCAAGCACUUGUUGGAACGUUUGCACACUGCUUGAAGAAUCGGACAUAGAAACAUAUACAAUUCUCAAUAACAUGAGAUAGUCUUGACACCUCUUGAGUUUAGGGUAAGUUGAGAUUACUUUGAGGGAGAGUAUAUACAAUGAGAGAUUAUCCACUUGAUUGGAAUUUUGCUGAUAAUGCAGUAUUGUGUAUAAUUAGUUGUGUAAAUGAUUCUUUUGUGUGUGUACUUUGUGUUGAUUUGUUUUUUUCUCCUUUUGUGAGCUCCUCGGUUACCAGCCACACCAUGUGGAAUUGAUUCACAUGCAUAGGUGGGGAGGUAAUAAAUUGGUCAUUUAAUAUCACAUGAGUUCUGGA